CUCUUCGGUACAAAAUGUCUGCCAUAGCUCCUUCCUCGUUGUCGCUGCGUUCAACAGUUUCUUCCUUCUUUUUAGAGCCCCGUAGAAACAAUCUCUAUCAUCUCGCCCUCCCUGAUCUUCUCGCGGUUCCUAGAAGUUAAAACGCUCACACUACACCAUGUCGAAAGUUCUUGACUAUGAAGAAGUCGCGAAGCACAACACAGCAGAGAGUUGCUGGGUCAUCUUAUACGGCAAUGUCUACGAUGUAACAGACUUCAUCCCCAGCCACCCUGGCGGCGCCAAAGUCAUCCUACAGCUGGCGGGAUCCGACGCUACAGAAGAGUAUGACCCUAUACAUCCCCCAGGUAUUCUCGAAGAGAAUCUAAAGCCAGAGGCCAAGUUGGGUACGAUUAACCCAGACACUCUACCCUCGACGGAGAAAUCGCUAGCAGAAACAGACGAGGAAGCUGUCGAUGCACCUCCCGACCUUGAAUCUCUCUUGAACCUGGACGAGAUAGAGGAGGCAGCUACAAAGCAGAUCAGUCGCAAGGCCUGGGCAUAUUACUACUCUGCUGGCGACGACCUGAUCUCGAAGACGCUCAACAACACCGUGUAUAGGCAGAUCCUCCUUCGGCCUCGAAUGUUCGUUGACUGCGUGAAUUGCGACACCUCGACCUUAUUCCUCGGCCAUGACGUCAAACUUCCACUGUUUGUAUCCCCUGCGGCGAUGGCUCGUUUAGCCCACCCGGACGGCGAAUGGGGUAUUGCACAGGCUUGUGCGCAGUAUGGCGCUAUGCAAAUUAUAUCCAACAACGCGUCAAUGACUCCGGAACAGAUCGUCGCAGAUGCACAGGGCGGACAGGUGUUUGGGUGGCAGUUGUAUGUUCAGACAGAGCGAGCGAAGAGCGAGGCGCAGCUUGCCAGAAUGAAUAGGCUGCCUGCGAUUAAGUUCAUCUGUCUAACGCUCGAUGCUCCGGUCCCUGGCAAACGUGAGGAGGAUGAACGUAGCAAGAGUAUCGGGUCCAACCUUCCUGUGCGCUCAGCUGUUCAAGAAGGAGGCUCGACAUCGAAGACAAGCUCCAACUCGGAGACUCCUGCUCCAAAGGCGAUGGGGGUUGGCCAGAGUCUAUUCUGGGGCACUGCGGCGGACCUCACGUGGAAGAGGACGCUACCGUGGUUAGCAAAGCACACUGAUCUGCCGAUUGUGCUGAAGGGCAUACAAACGCACGAGGAUGCUUAUCUAGCAAGUCUCUAUGCUCCGCAGAUCAAAGCCAUCAUACUGUCGAAUCACGGUGGACGAGCGCUCGACACAGCGCCCCCGGCUAUACAUACUCUGUUGGAGAUCAGGAAAUAUUGCCCAGAGGUAUUUGACAGGAUUGAAGUCUGGGUCGAUGGCGGGAUCAAAAGAGGCACAGAUAUCGUGAAAGCGCUCUGCUUGGGAGCGAGGGGCGUUGGCAUCGGGAGGGCAGCCCUUUUCGGGCUCGGGGCUGGUGGAAAGGAGGGCGUGGCCCGAGUCCUCGAAAUACUCAAAGCCGAAACAGAAACGUGUAUGCGACUGCUCGGCGUGGAAAGGAUUGACCAACUCGGUAUGCAGCAUAUCAAUGCCCGGGCCGUGGAGAGAGACAUCUAUGAUGGGCCGGAUGGUCUAGAGCGUCCCCACAUGUGGUCCAACAAACCGAAAGCGAAGCUAUAGAUAUUAGAAGUGAUUAUGUUCACGCGCUUUUUGACAAU